AUGUGCACGAUGUGGAUCAAUCUGAAUUAAUCGGAGUGAAACCCUCAAUCAAUAACGGGCGGGAAACCAAAAAAAAGUGAUGUUCUGUCCCCGAUUUUGUCCGCUCCGGUUAAAACGGGAAUAAAGGAAAAGGCAAUUGUAAAUGGGAGAGAAUGAGGGUGUUGGGAGGCUGAGGAAAGUGAAGGAUGAGUUGUUCAGAAGGGGAUACACUCAUCUUUUUUAUUCGGAUGGGGUCGAGGAUCUUACCUUCCCACCAAGUUUUUCAAAUCUUGUUGUAAUCAAGUUUUACACCCAGUGUGUUGGAGAUGAUGGAUCCCUCUCUGUGGAUUACUUUACAUUUUCAUCAAGCAUAGCUGAUCAUCUGAGAUCAGCUUCCCCUGUUGUAAGGUCUGGGGGUAUAUUUGAGACCUUGCGGCUCGGUAAAACUCUUAUUGUGGUGGUGAAUGAAGAUUUGAUGGAUUAUCAUCAAACUGAGCUGGCAGAAGAACUAGCAGAGAGGAAGCAUCUAUAUUAUGCUCGACCUCAGACACUUCAUCAGACUACAGCUGUAAUGAAUAUGGACUCUCUUGAAUAGUUGUAAAUGUUUAAGACCCACGUUGAAUAGUUUGUAAAUGUUUAAGACCAAGUUAAGAAAGUAUGAGAAUUUAA